AUAAAUUCCAAGACAUUGGAAUGUGCAGGUCCAUGCUUUUCAGUUCCAAUUGGUUUUCCAUCUUCCAACGAACCAUUUUUUUCAGCUACUCCCUUCUUCUCUGCAACAUCAAAGCAAAUACUUUUCCAGUGCCAUAAACGAGGAACCAGCGCUGACUCACACUCUUCUCUCUUCCAGUUUUCGCAAUUUUAAAAUAGUAAUUAGAAGUAGUUUAAUCAGCUAAAACAGCAUUCGGCGAAGAACCCAUCUCUGGAACUGGUCCCUUUUUGUUGUUAUUAGGUUUGUUUCUCUGUCUCUAUUGCAAAAAAAAACUGCGAUAAAGAUUUAAAAGGAAAAAGAGAAAAAAAAAACAUGUGCCCUGGUACUACUGAUACUGAAUCUCGAGGAAUUAUAAAUGGUGAACAUUUGGUUUCAAAGGAUGGAGCAUACAAUGAAGACACAAUGAGAGCAAGAGGAGAAGCCAAAUUCUUACAUGGACUUCUCCGGCGUAUACCAGUCACUUCGAAUCUUGGACAGCAGCUGCCAUUAAACGAGGUAACAGAAGAGGUGGUUGCGUUAGGAAAGAUUGCAUGCCCUAUAAUUUUGACGACCGUACUCAUAUACUCAAGGUCUGUUAUAUCAAUGCUCUUCUUGAGUCGAAUGGGGAAGAUAGAGUUAGCGGGAGGCUCAUUGGCACUUGGGUUUGCAAACAUCACAGGACUCUCAGUAAUGAAAGGCCUAGCAAUGGGUAUGGAUCCUAUUUGCGGCCAGGCCUAUGGUGCCAAAAGAUGGUCUGUCAUCAGCCAAACCUACCUUAAAACUCUACUUCUCCUUUUACUUGUCGCCAUACCCAUUAGCUUUUUAUGGCUAAAUGUCGAACCCAUCUUUCUGAGAUUAGGUCAGGAUCCAGAUAUCACUAACGUGGCCAAAGUUUACAUGGUCUUCUGUAUUCCUGAAUUAUUAGCUCAAGCUGUACUUCACCCGAUGAGAUCCUUCCUGAGAACUCAAGGCUUAACGGCUCCCCUUACCAUAUCUGCGGUUGGUGCAGUGAUCCUCCACACCCCAAUCAACUACUUUUUGGCAAUACAUUUGAGGCUUGGGGUGAAAGGCGUUGCAUUAGCCAUUGCUUGUAAUACUAUAAAUAUGAACAUAGGCUUGCUAAUUUACGUGGCUGUGUCAAAAGCACCGCUGAAACCGUGGCAUGGUAUUACUGCUCCAUCCAUCUUAAAUGGCUGGCGGCCAUUGUUGUCGUUAGCGGUGCCUAGCGUCAUCUCUGUGUGCUUGGAGUGGUGGUGGUAUGAGAUAAUGCUGUUUCUUUGUGGCCUGCUCACCAACCCAAAGGCUAGUGUUGCAGCUACAGGCAUCCUUAUCCAGACAGCAGGUUUAAUCUAUUCAUUUCCAUUUUCCCUAAGCUGCAGCUUGAGCACACGAGUAGGCCAUGCCUUGGGUGCUGGGCUACCAGCUCGUGCCAGAUUGACAGCCAUAAUUGGGAUCAUCCUGGGAUUUACUUGUGGACUCACGGCUGCUGUCUUGACAGCUGCCUUUAGUUCAGUCUGGGGGAAAAUGUAUACAAAUGAGCCACAGAUCCUUGACUUAAUCUCAACUGGACUUCCACUGCUGGGAUUGUGCGAAAUUGGCAACUCUCCCCAAACGGCUGCCUGCGGAGUCUUAACAGGCACUGCGCGUCCUAAAGAUGGUGCUCGCAUAAAUUUGUAUGCCUUUUACCUUGUGGGGUUGCCAGUUGCAAUUCUCCUAACUUUCAAACUUAAAAUGGGUUUCCGGGGACUGUGGUUUGGGUUACUAGCAGCGCAGAUGAGCUGUGUGUCUAUGAUGCUGUACACUGUGUUUCGAACUGAUUGGAGGCACCAGGCUAAAAGAGCUGAUGAGCUCACUUCAGCUGUAGGGGAGACUGACGAUUUGGAAAAUGGCUUACUGAUGACUGAUCAUUGAGACUCUAUAAAUCAAGUCUGUCCACAAGCAAUUUCUAACAGAUUCAGAGCUAGAUUAAACAUAUAAAUGAAUUUUAAAAUACUCCUUUGGUUCAUAAAAUGCAGGGCCAGUGUUUCUGAUAGCGGAUAAAUUCUUUUCAAAGAGUUGCAAAUUACUUUGUUACAUUAGUUAAACUAUUUGAUUAAAUUUAUGUCUUGGAAAUACAAACAUUCUUUCUUUCUCACCUGACCUUAUUGUAUGGGAAGCCACACCAUUUCCCGUCCCUGUUCUGUUCUUGCACAUUGUCAACCCGAUAAAAUACGGGUAAAAACGAGUUUGGAUUUUCACCCCAACUCCUACGCCAAAAUUGCCCCACUUAGCUUAGGCUCCUUAUGUUUUGGAAGGUUGUAAUUUUU